UGAAUUUGCUCAACUGAAUUAUCCCAAAUAUUAAGCCUGUUCGCAUGUUAAACAACAAAGUUUUUAACAAUCGAUUUCCACUUAUUUUCCGCAGCUACGCGUGGAAUUCACCUAACUGUGCUUUGACAUCAGUUGGGUUAGUUCUAAUGUCCUCUGCUGUCAUCAAUCAAUCAAUCAGUGAUCGGUCAGUUAGUCAGUCAGUCAAUCAGUCAACCAGUCAGUUUCUACUUACAUAGAUAAAGCUUUUUUCGCUCCAGUGCAUCCACAAGCCGCACCUAAUUGUCCCUGCUCUAUUGAAUUUCGACUCUUUAAAUCCAAACAAGCACAAAAUUCAUUUCAUUUAUGACUAUUGCUAAUAUUUAUUGCGCUUCACAUUGUUUAUUGUGUUGUUGGGCCUGCCAAACAGCUGAUUAGCAGUCGUUAAAUCUGAAAAAUUGAUGAAACAUUGUGCUCCAUAAAAUAUUCAAAGAAAUGUAAAUAAUUCCAAAAACGAAUGAAGUGUGUGUGUGUGAAAUAAAUUCUAAAAAUAAAUGCAAAAUUUGCUAUAGGAAGUGCUUUUAUCGGGUGUUCCGCGCGUAGCAUAGCCAAAUCCAAGAACAAACCGCAAACCAAAAAGAAAAAACUAAAUAAAUAUAAAUAUAAAUAAAAAAAUGCCACAAUGGAGCUGAUAAAAAAGUACAAGCAGGGAAAGUUAACAACUGGCGAUGUGCGCAACUUGAAUCUUCUAGUAAUAUGUCUCUUGGUGCUCGUGGCAAUUUUCUCCAUUAUGUGGAGCGUUUCACUGCAUGUGCUAUCCGGCGAUUUCUACGAUGGAAUCAUCAGUGCCAAAAUAAUGUUUAAGGAUCGCGACUAUGGCCAAAUGGAUAACAGAAGCAAGGAGAUCUUCCAGCAGGAUCUGCAAAAAGUGGCACAGCUUCCGUAUGAAUUAAAUGAAACGCCGCAAUCGCUGAAGAGCGACAGCCCAGAAACCAAAAAGCCAAAAUACAAAUUCGAACAUAUCUACGAGCCCAAAGAUAAUGCGCCCCUGCUGGCCCGGCUGGUCAGCGAAAGGGAGCAGGAAAAUGCGCUGCAGGCAACAACAACCACAACAAGUGCACCGCCUGAGAUGGUGCCCAAUGCGGAAGCGGAUCGCAAAUUUCUGGCUAGCCAGUCCAUAGAUACACAUGCCACUCGCUGGAGUCGCGGCAUUGGCGCCCAGUUUGUUUACACAUUUCCACUGAUAUCCGAGGCUGUGGCCAUUAUCUGGACGGCCAUGUGUCUCAUCUAUCAAACAGGCAACAAGAAAACAUCUGUACUGCCCAAACCUUGGCGGAUUGUGGUGCCCUCCAUAUUGAUCUUCACGCUGAUGAGCCUGGGCAGCGCUGCAUACACGAUACUGACCAAUGGCUAUCUGAGACGUCUGUGUGGGCAUUUGCGGCAGGGUCUCACCAAUCCCCAGGCCAUCAGCUGUGGCGAUGCGAUUGCCCUGCUGCGGCCGCUCAUCCACGACCACAGCGUCUCGCACGAUGUGUAUCUGGACCUCUUCCGUUGCAGCUAUAUUAUUAGCAUGAUCCUGUGGCUCUUGGCGCUGCUGGUCAUGGUGCUGCGUUACAUAUAUGCCUUUGAUUUCCAGCUGGUUGAUAUCGAUGAUAUGUUCGAUCAUCGCCCAGCUGGCGCUCAGCACAUACAACCCAUUUAUAACAAGGUGCUGCAGUCCAGUCCACAGCAUCAGCAGCAGCAGUUGAGACCCAGGUCGGAGGAUGAUUAUCAGAGCGCCAAGUCACGGCUUAGCGAUGUGGCCAUGCCGCUGCUCGAGCUGAAAGCCCAGGAACAACAGCAACAACAACGGCAACAAACACACUUAACAACUGUCGCCUAAGGCUUGACUUUGUCACAAACUGAAGCACAUCAGAAAUCUCAGGUUUAUUUUUAUAUACGAUUGUUUUGGAGAACAAAGCAGGGAUUAAGAACAAAUACUAGAACAAAACGAAACAAGCGAACAAGAGAAGUUACAUUCGGCUUGCCGAAUAUUAAGUACCCUUGCAGAGGGCUUCCCAAGGAAGCUUAUUAAUUCUGUAGUCCGAUUUAAAAAAAUGUUGCGCUCAAUUCGGAAUCUAAUAUUGAAACUCAAAAAUGUUGACAUACCCAACUUUUCAGAAGUCCUUGCUAAAGCAGGUGGAUUUUAAGAUUUUUUCCCUAGAGCGUAAUUUACUUAAUAAUACACGUACCUGGUAAAGGUAAUAUUUAUCGGUCAAUAAUUAAGCUUGUUUGGAGCCCUUAUAGAGCUAUAUGAUAUAGGUGUCUGAUGUGGAUAAGACUUUAGGCACAGUAAGUUCCAGUUUGGUCAAGAUAUCUUGAAACAGAAAAAACUUUUCCCUUAUUAGGCGAUUCGCUGCUAUAUGAUAUAGUUAUAUGAUGUUCCGAUAAAUGUAUAGAUAUAUCAGUUUUAAGUCUGCCCGUGAGCAUAAUAGCAUUCUCUGCAAGGGUAAAGGCAAUUUCAAGUUCCAACUUGAAGUCUGCUAAACUUCCAACACAACAAAAAAAAAAGGUUUCGAACAAUUGAAUGAUAUUAUCUAAGCUUAAGUUAAGUAAACUCGUGCCUCGUUUUAAUUUAUAAUAUAAUCGAUUUUAGUUUCCAACAAAUAGUUUUAAUUGAAAUGCAAUAGUCUAACCAUAAAGCCAGAAGGUGCAAAUAAAAUACAAAUAUUCCA